GAUGAAGAUCAUCACAUUUGUCGAUGAUCUUGCCAGGGAUAAGUCACCUUGAAACCUUCGAGACAUCUUAACGGAGCAAGGAACAGCAGUGGAGCGUGUCCAACAGCACGCCUGGCUAAUGGCCUCAUCAUGGAAUGUGUGCGCGACCGUCCGCUCUUUUCAGUUGACAUACGGAGACUCACCAGCACCCAGCUCUGGUUUGUGGUCUAUUUGGCACGCUUAGACUUUCUACCACGACGCCAUCACCUUGAAACUGCCCUCAUUCAUCCAUUGAAUCUAGUAUCCGCUGGAAUAGUAGAAUAAUUCCUUCCUUAGCGCAAGAUGUCCGACCGGCGAGUUGGCAGGGGCCGGAACGGCGUUCGGGCGCGGGCCAAUCCCAAUGCCGGAUACCCUCGAAUACUUAACAGAUCUCUCCGCUGCUGUGCCUGAUGCAAUGCCAAUUCCAGGUCAAUCAAGCUUAUAAACCUCUCGCUUGAUAAUUUACCUAGCACGCGAAUAUGGGCGAAGACAACCAGCAACCCCGUCUGCUGAAAUCGGAACCCACAUUGUGGGAGUCGAAUGAACCCGCCGACAGAACCAGCGACAACACGCACGAGCCUGAGUGGGUGGAGGGACUAGCACUGGUGAUGGUGAUUGCGGGAAUCACGCUGGUAGUGUUCUUGAUGCUGUUGGAUAUUUCGAUUGUCUCGACUGCUAUUCCCACAAUCACAAACCAAUUCCACUCGCUGGAUGAUGUGGCGUGGUAUGGCAGUGCAUAUACAAUCUCGAGUGCUGCCCUCCAACCCCUCACCGGAAAGUUCUACACGUAUUUCUCCUCGAAAUGGACCUUCCUCGCCUUUUUCGGGGUGUUUGAACUGGGAUCCCUGCUAUGUGGAGUGGCCACCUCGUCCAAGAUGCUGAUUGUCGGACGCGCGGUGGCGGGCAUGGGGUCUUCGGGGAUGCUGAACGGGGCGUUGAAUAUCCUGGCCGGAGCGGUGCCGAUUCAGAAGCGACCGGCCAUGAUCGGAGUAAUAAUGGGAGUGGGACAACUAGGUUUAGUGGGCGGACCCCUUGUGGGAGGUGCUUUGACGACCUACUCAACCUGGCGAUGGUGCUUCUAUAUGAACCUCCCGAUCGGUGCCGUCGUCGCCGCCCUCCUCCUCUUCACGCGCAUCCCGGACCAAAAGCCCAAGCCCCCUGUUCGGCACGUCCUGCAAUCCCUCUUCCUGCGGAAAUUUGAUCUACUAGGCUUUGUGCUGUUUGCGCCCGCAUCUAUCAUGCUCCUACUCGCCCUGCAAUACGGUGGAAAUAGCUACGCAUGGGACAGCGCUACAGUCAUUGGGCUGUUUUGCGGGUCAGUGGCCACAUUCCUAGUAUUUGCCGUGUGGGAACGACACAUGGGCAGCGAGGCGAUGAUCCCGGGGCACUUGGUGCGCGACCGGAUCGUGCUAUCUAGCAGUCUAUUGGCCAUGUCGAUCUUUGGUUUCACCAUGACGCUGUCAUAUUACCUGCCAAUAUAUUUCCAAGCCGCGCGGGGGAAAUCGGCGUUGACUAGUGGGGUAGAUUUGUUGCCGAAUAUUUUGUGCCAGCUGGUGAUGGCAGUGGUGUCGGGGGUAUUAACCUCGAAAGUGGGCUACUAUCUUCCUUGGGGCGUCCUAGGCGCCAUUCUCAAUGCCAUCGGCAACGGCCUCCUCUCCACCCUAUCCGUCCAUACUUUGGUGGCUACCUGGGCCGGCUACGAAGCUCUCGUUGGAUUCGGUCGAGGGGCUAUUUCCCAACCCAUGGUCGCCAUCCAAAACACGGUAACCGACACCGACGUCUCCACCGCCAUGGCCCUGAUGACCUGCGCCCAGACCUUCGGCGGCGCGAUCUUCCUCGCCGUUGCGGAGGUGAUUUUCGCGCAGGCCCUGAAGACAAACAUUCCGCAGUGCGCGCCGUCGGUGGAUGCUGCAGCGGUGAUUGCUGCGGGCGCGACGGGGUUCCGGGAGCUGGUGCCGGCCCAGGAGCUCCCCGGGGUGUUGGUGGCGUAUGCGAAAAGCGUGGGAGAGGUGUUUUAUCUCAGUGCCGCGUUGUCAGUAGUGCAGUUUGGAUUUGUGUGGGGGGUUGGAUGGCGGAGUGUGAAGAAAGGGAAGACUGAGGAAAACAAGGGAGAAGCGUGA